CGACGAGCUAUCCACAUUCACGCCGGAUGCUGGGGGGCAGCGCGCGGCGACCUCGUUCUGAGCUCAGCACACAGAGGUUCCUUUACUCUCCACCCAACCACUUCUCGCCCUUUUCCAUGCUUUGCAAUUGCAGAAUCGUCGAACAUCGACCAGACGCACCAUGCUCGCCGCCACGAAACGAUGGUUCAGGCGCAACCGCACGCCCAUCGCCAUUGGCCUGGGCGUUGUCGGCGCAGGGUACAUCGUCGCCAAUUACGUGUCGGCCAAACUGCGUGAUGCCCGCGAGCGCAUGAGCAGCGAUCGCAUCGCCAAGGAGAACCUGCGUCGUCGCUUCGAACAGAACCAGGAGGACUGCACCUUCACCGUCCUCGCCCUCCUCCCGACCGCGACGGCCAACAUCCUCAAGGCCAUGGACACGGAGCAGAUCACGUACGAGAUCCAGCAGAUCAAAGGCUCGACCGCGGCUAGAACCCGCAGCAUCGGGUCGACCAGCCCGCCCAGCAUGUCGGAGGCGAACGCGGCCGACGACGACGGCCGCAGCAUCAUCACGGUGAGCGCCCAGAGCGAGGCCGGCAUGCAGACGACCCAGAUCUCGGUGGCCACUCCAUCAUCUGCCGCCGCCCCGGAGAGCCACGCUGCCACUGCCCCACCUGAGACGGCUUUGGCACCGCCAAAACCACGGAAGACCAAGAGGCAGCUCUGGGACGACCUGAAAAUAAGCGCAAUCGCCAGGGCGUUCACCCUCCUCUAUACUCUCAGCCUGCUCACCAUGCUUACGAGGAUACAACUGAACCUGCUCGGCCGGCGCAGCUACCUCUCGAGCGUCGUCUCUCUGGCGACCGGCGGCAACGCCGCCCCGGGCACCAUCAACCUCGAGAACAACGAUGACGACGGUGCCGAAGAAGCCUAUGGCACCGAUUUCGAAGUCAACCGGAAGUACCUGACCUUCAGCUGGUGGCUGCUCAACCGCGGUUGGGUCGACGUGAUGCACCGCGUCGAGGCUGCCGUGCGCCAAGUCUUCGGCCACCUCAGCCCUCGCGAUACGAUCUCGCUCCACACCUUCUCCCAGCUCACCCACGACGUGCGCAGCAUAGUCGAAGGCAGCGGCCCCUCGACGGAGGCGAGAACAGCCUGGCUCCCCUUCCUCCUCCCCCCCGUCGACAUGGAAGACUUUGUCCUCCGCGAAUCGGGCGUCCUCGAGCCUGAUCCCAUCGACAAUGUCGCCGCCGCCGCCGCCGCCCAAGGGACCAGCCCGACACCAGCAACAUCGGCCCCUCCCUCCACCGCCGCCGCCUCGCUCCGCCGCCUGCUCGACGAGACAGCCGACCUGAUCGAAUCCCCCCACUUUGCCCACGUCCACACGCAGCUCCUCGACGCGGGCUUCUCCGCCCUGCUCGAACAGAAAGUCGUGUCGGGCGUCUUCGACGCCAACAGCACGCCGUUCGCAGCAGCUGACCCGCUGGGCGGCGCCGGCGCCGGCGCCAUCCUGGGCAACCGCGCCGUGCUGCUCCCUAAGAUCCUCAGCGUGCUCACCCGCCAGGCCCACGCCAUCGGCCAAGGGAUGAGCGACGCCGUGCCGCCCACGGUCAACGUCAACGAGUACCUGCAAGCGAUGGAGGCCGUGCCCGACCUCGAGGCGUUCGCGGCCGUGGUGUACUCGAGCAACUGGCAGGCCGAGAUCGUGCCGGACGACGGCGCCGACGGCGAGUCUCGGCCGCACUCGCAGCCGCAGCCACAGCUACAGCCCGGGGUGAGCAAGGCGUUGCCCCAGGUGGGCGGUGCACACGGAGAGGGGCAGCAUCAGGGGCUGGGUGAGUCGAGCACGGUGUUUGUGGAUGGGGAGGAGGGGCAGACCCGCUUGUUUGACAGCGCGUGGGAGAGGGCGAGCGCUUCGAAGUGAAGAUUUUAGAUCUAGGUUUGUGGGGGUAUGGUAAAGGGUUUCUUUGGUUGCUUGUCUUGGGAUUUUCACGUCUAAGAAUCUCGUGUGUGUAUCAGUACCCCCCCCC